UGAAACUUUUGCUAGGCUAUAAAUGGCGGAGUACUAAUCUUGUUUGGUUUUGCUGGUGGCGCACCCACCCGUUUUUAAUACAGAGUUAAUGACAAAACGAAGGGUUUCAUAUUUUUAUGACCCAGAUGUUCCCCACUUUCAUUAUGGUUCAGGCCACCCUAUGAAACCGCAAAGGCUUGCACUUACUAACAGCUUGGUUUUUAGCUAUGACUUGUAUAAAAAAAUGGAGAUUUAUCGAUCUUACAAAGCUACAGAACGUGAUUUAACACGUUUUCAUUCAGAAGAAUAUAUUGAUUUUCUUAAAAGAAUCACACCUAAUAAUAUUGAUGAAUUUAGCUCUAGUUUAUCUCGUUUUAACAUAGGGGAAGACUGCCCAGUAUUUUCAGGGAUGUACGAUUUCUUUUGCAUGUCGGCGGGAGCAUCUAUUGAAGGUGCAGUUAAGUUAAAUAACCAGAUGUGUGAUAUUGCCAUUAACUGGUCUGGUGGCCUUCACCACGCCAAGCGCUUCGAAGCUUCUGGCUUUUGCUACGUUAAUGAUAUCGUGCUUGCCAUACUCGAACUUUUGAAAUAUCAUCCUCGAGUCUUGUACAUUGACAUCGACGUUCACCACGGCGACGGCGUUCAGGAGGCGUUUUACUUAACAGACCGCGUGAUGACCGUUUCUUUUCAUAAAUUCGGUGCAAACUUUUUUCCGGGUACGGGCGACUUGUACGAGCUGGGAGCCGACCGUGGAAAGAACUAUUCCAUCAACGUUCCUUUAAAAGACGGCAUAGAUGACCACAACUACCUUCACUUGUUUCGGCCCGUCCUUCAAACCGUGAUGAGCUACUACCGUCCCACCGCUAUUGUACUUCAGUGUGGCGCCGAUUCGUUGGGUAACGAUCGGCUUGGUGGGUUUAAUCUUAGCAUAAAAGGCCACGGCGAAUGUGUGAAGUUUGUCAAAAGCUUUGGUGUGCCGACGCUCGUGCUGGGGGGCGGCGGUUACACUAUCCGUAAUGUAGCCCGCUGUUGGACUUACGAAACCGGCGUGCUUUUAGACGCUCAGCUAAAUCACGUUCUUCCCAUGAACGACUACUUUGAGUACUUCUCUCCGGACUUUUGUUUGUUCCCGGAUCUCUCCAGCCACCUUGAAAAUAUGAAUAGUCGCCAGUAUUUGGAGCAAUUAAAGCAAAAAGUCUGUGAACUUUUAAGACAGUUAGAAGGCGCUCCCAGCGUUGCUAUGCAUUCUUUUCCUCCUGACAUACUUGGCCAGGCGUUAAAGGAGGACGAGCAAGAGACUUUUUACAAUAAAUUUUCUGAAAAUGAUUAUUAUGACCACGAGCAAGACAUUGACAAAGAUCCUCAUUGAGUUUAACACUUAGCAGUCGUUACUGUGAGGAUUUAAUUUUUAAUUAUAAUAGCUAAUUUAUCAAUUGGGACUUCCUUUUAAUUUUUAUGUAGUCUAUA